AAUUUCAUAAAUCAUUUUAAUUAUUAAUUUAUUACUAUUAUUGUUAUAAAAUUUAAUUGUUAUUUAAAAAGCAAACAAAAUGUGGAUCAGAAGAAUAUCAACAAUGAAAUUUUCGUCAAGUGUAAGACUUUUUACAAAAAAUACUCGAGUUUCUAGAAGUUUUAAACAACCGUCAGCUCUAAAUAAAUUUAUUCAUACGAGCAUAAAUAAUUUUUCUGUAAAUGUGGAAGAGAAGGAGAAAAGAAUCGCGUUAUUUGACGCUGCUAAAAUAAAGAGUAAAAAAGAAAAGUCAACAUUUUUAGCUGUUUUGCACGCGUACAUCAAAGAAGGUGAACGAAAAACUGGUCAUGUGCAAUUUGUAUACGCGGCAUUGCGUUAUAUGAAGGAAUUUGGAGUCGCUGAUGAUUUAGAAGUGUACAAAGCAGUGUUGGACACACUACCAAAAGGAAGAUUUGUUUCCAAAACUUGGUUUCAAGCUGACAUGUUUCACUACCCGCGUGAGCAACAGUGCGCUAUUGAUUUGCUGCAGCAAAUGGAGGAUAAUGGUGUAAUGCCAGAUCCAGAAAUGGAGCUGAUGGUCAUCAACGUAUUUGGCAAGCAUGGGUUACCACUGAGAAAACUCCGAAGAAUGGCGUACUGGCAAGGCAAAUUUAAAAACUUAAACCCUUGGCCAUAUCCACGACCUCUUCCUACUGACAAUUUUCAAUUAGCGAUGCUUGCAAUUAAAAAAGUGUCCAGUGUCGAUGUCCAGACGACUAUUACGGUCUUUGAUACCGAGGAAGUUAAAGAUUCGAUCGAUAAAACUUGGAUUAUUUCAGCAUCUAGUCCUGAUCAGGAGAGGUUGAUUUCUAAACAUCCUCCCAAUCAACCCGCUUAUGUAGAAGGACCUUUCAGAGUUUGGGUUUGGAAAGCUUCUGUCGACUAUUUUUUACUUCAUACAGAUCCAAAAGAACGAAUUGUUGAAGAUAUUGACAUUGACGAUGUUUCAAAUCUGGAUAUAAAUUUAUGGAGAAGAUCUAAAAAAGCUCUGGCGUUACAUCGUAGCAUUCACGAACAAGACGAGCAAACAAUACUUGGAAUAUGUGCCACAGGAACAUCUACCAAAGAUUCACUGCUGUCUUGGAUCCGGUGCUUACAGCCUCGAAAUCCAGCGUUAGAAAAAAUUCCGAUUCUAUUUAAAUUCACUAGUAUGGUUAAUGACAACGAAAAAGUUGAACCCGCUCCAGAGCGUAAAAAAAUAUCUGAUGGAGAUACAGAUGAAUCUAAAUUAUAAAGUUGAGAAUUUUAAUUGUAUUUUUUGUA